CCUCCAAAGUACAACAAAAAGUAGGUUCAUUCUCUCUCUCUCUCUCUCUCAACGACCAACAUGGCCAUUUCCACAAACCAUGUUACGUCUCUUUCCAAACCAUGUAUCUCUUCCUUCACCACCCUCAAAGUCCUGUCAAAACCCAACAAUUAUUUCCAUCUGGGUCGAUCAGAAUUCAAGCGUUCUUCCAUCUCUUGCAACGUCACAGCUGAAGCUUCAACCCUUACCAUCAAUGCCAAAGAGAAUGAUUUCAAAACUUUACAGAGACCUAAUUCUGUGGGUAGGUUUGGAAAAUUUGGUGGAAAGUACGUCCCUGAAACUCUUAUCCCUGCUCUCACCGAGCUUGAGGCCGCAUAUCAUGCCAUUGCAGUCGAUCAAGAUUUCCAGAAAGAACUAGAAGGAAUAUUGAAAGACUAUGUUGGACGUGAAAGCCCUCUUUACUUUGCUGAGCGGCUUACAGAACAUUACAGACGUCCUAAUGGCGAGGGCCCUCAUAUAUAUUUGAAGAGAGAAGAUCUUAACCAUACUGGAUCUCACAAAAUCAACAAUGCAAUUGGUCAAGUUUUGCUUGCCAAACGUUUGGGGAAAAAGCGUAUAAUUGCUGAAACAGGAGCUGGUCAGCAUGGAGUUGCCACUGCUACUGUAUGUGCUCGAUUUGGUUUGGAGUGUAUUGUCUACAUGGGUGCCCAAGAUAUGGAAAGGCAAGCCCUUAAUGUUUUUAGAAUGAAGCUUCUGGGGGCUGAGGUUAGAGGAGUCCAUGCUGGGACAGCAACUCUUAAGGAUGCUACAUCAGAGGCUAUUCGAGAUUGGGUAACUAAUGUAGAUUCAACGCAUUAUAUCUUGGGGUCUGUUGCAGGGCCACAUCCAUAUCCCAUGAUGGUCAGAGAAUUCCAUGCAAUAAUUGGGAAAGAAACAAGAAGACAGGCGUUGGAAAAAUGGGGUGGGAAGCCAGAUGUGCUGGUUGCCUGUGUUGGUGGAGGUUCUAAUGCAAUGGGACUCUUCCAUGAAUUUGUCGAUGACUUCGAUGUCAGGCUCAUUGGUGUUGAGGCUGCAGGUCAUGGAUUAGAUAGUGACAAGCAUGCGGCCACCUUGACAAAAGGAGAAGUUGGAGUAUUGCAUGGGGCUAUGAGCUUUUUGUUGCAAGAUGAUGAUGGACAAAUAAUUGAACCUCAUUCAAUUAGCGCUGGUUUGGAUUACCCUGGCGUUGGCCCAGAGCAUAGCUUUCUAAAGGAGAGAGGGCGUGCUGAAUACCACAGCGCAACUGAUGAUGAGGCUUUAGAAGCCUUCAAGAGAGUGUCCAGAUUGGAGGGCAUAAUUCCAGCUCUGGAGACAUCACAUGCAUUGGCUUACCUAGAGAAGCUUUGUCCUUCUUUACCAGACAAAACAAAGGUAGUCCUGAGCUGCAGUGGCAGGGGUGACAAAGAUGUUCACACAGCCAUUAAACAUUUGCAAGUUUAAGGGUAGCUUUUUUGCCUCCUUGUAGUCUCCAAUAUCAGGACAAAUGGAUUAUUGAAGCUUCUUAUAUUUAAAAU